CUUAGCUAACUCCGUUCUCAAUAAUGAAGACCCAUUUCAGCUCCUGCUUUCUACUGCUUGUGUUCUUCCAUACCUGGAGCUUCCAUCCGGCAAUACUACCUUCUGCUUCUGCGGAAGACGUCAUCGGAUAUGGCUACAAGGUCCAGUCAUCGAACGUCGAUCCGUCCGGAACUUCGUUGACUGCGAUUCUGCAGGUCAUCGGUAAUUCAUCUGUCUACGGACCUGACAUUAAACGCCUCUCACUCACUGCCAGCGUGGAAACGAAGGACCGUUUGCGGAUUAGAAUAACAGACGCCGACAAUCCACGUUGGGAAAUCCCUGACGACGUUAUUCCUCGGCAACCUCCGCCCGGACCUUCAUUCUCCUUGUCGCCAGCGCUUCCCCGCCGCUUUCCAUUGCUUCUCUCUUCUUCAGAUUCAGAUUUAGUCUUUAACAUCCAAGAGACUCUUCCUUUUGGCUUCACCGUCACGCGCCGUUCUUCCAAUGACACCAUCUUCAACGCCACUCCUACGCAGGGUGACCCGUCGACUUACCUCAUCUUUAAGGACCAAUAUCUACAGCUUUCGUCCUUACUUCCGCCUAAUACAUCCAAUAUGUAUGGCAUCGGGGAACACACCAAGGGUAGCUUUAGGCUGGCGGAAAACCAGUUGCUUACGCUUUGGAAUGCUGACAUUGGGAGCUCUAACAAGGAUCUCAACCUGUACGGAUCCCACCCUUUUUACAUGGAUGUUAGGGCACCGAAGGGGGUAAGUCAUGGGGUUUUGCUGCUCAAUAGUAAUGGAAUGGAUGUUAACUACACUGGAGAUAGGAUUACCUACAAGGUGAUCGGUGGCAUUUUCGAUUUGUACAUAUUUGCGGGUCCGACGCCAGAGUUGGUUAUGGGACAGUAUACUGAGCUCGUUGGUCGCCCUGCCCCAAUGCCUUACUGGGCUUUCGGAUUUCACCAGUGCCGUUACGGUUACAAGAAUGUCGAAGAUCUUCAGGGUGUUGUUGCUGGUUAUGCUAACGCCUCGAUUCCAUUAGAAGUUAUGUGGACUGAUAUUGAUUACAUGGAUAGUUUCAAAGAUUUCACGCUUGAUCCGGUGAAUUUUCCGGCCGAUAAGCUGGGGAAAUUUGUCGAUGCGCUUCACCAGAAUGGUCAGAAAUAUGUGGUCAUUCUGGAUCCAGGCAUUGCUACAAAUGAUUCAUACCCAACCUACAAAAGGGGAUUGGAAGCCGACAUCUAUAUAAAGCGCAAUGGCACUCCUUAUCUUGGUAAGGUGUGGCCGGGUGAUACCUACUUUCCAGACUUUUUCAAUCCCUCCGCCGAACCUUUCUGGGCCAAUGAGAUAAAGCUGUUUCGUGAAGUUAUCCCAGUCGAUGGACUUUGGAUUGACAUGAACGAGUUAUCCAAUUUCAUUACUACUCCAUCCAACGACAAUUCUACCAUUGAUAAUCCUCCUUACAAGCUCAACAACUCCGGCUCAUUGCGUGGCAUCAACGAGAAGACUGUACCUGCAUCAGCUCUUCAUUACAAGAAUGUCACUGAAUACGACAUUCACAACCUGUAUGGCCUUCUGGAGUCCAGAGCUACUAAUGCUGCGCUGGUUAAUGUAACUGGUAAGAGACCAUUUGUGCUGAGUCGCUCUACUUUCACUGGCUCCGGGAAGUACGCCGCUCACUGGACUGGAGACAACGCUGCAACGUGGGAUGACUUGGCAUACUCGAUCCCUGGUAUCUUAAAUUUUGGUAUCUUUGGAGUCCCGAUGGUCGGAGCUGACAUAUGCGGCUUCUCGCGGGACACAACUGAAGAGCUCUGCAGGAGAUGGAUUCAGUUAGGGGCGUUUUAUCCCUUUUCUCGGAAUCACGCCGAGAAAAACAGCAAGCGCCAUGAGCUGUAUCUCUGGGAAUCCGUUGCUGCAUCGGCUAGGAAAGCAUUAGGCCUUCGUUACAGGCUCUUGCCCUACUUGUACACCUUGAUGUAUCAGGCGCACACCACAGGCGUACCUAUUGCAAGGCCACUUUUUUUCUCGUUUCCUGAAGACACUAACACCUACAAUGUCAGCUCACAGUUUCUCCUCGGCAAAGGAGUGUUAGUAUCGCCUGUAUUGCAGGAGGGUGCAGUUUCCGUGGACGCAUAUUUUCCGGCAGGCAACUGGUUCGACCUCUACAACAAUUCCCGCUCGUUGAGUUUAAAGCAGGGCGGUAGCGUGAAGCUCGAUGCACCUAAUGACACCAUCAAUGUCUAUCUUCAUGAGGGGAACAUCCUGGCCAUGCAGGGGGAGGCGAAUACGACGCAGGCAGCAAGGAACACGACUUUCCAUUUACUGGUUGCAGUAACCAGUGACGGCAUUAGCUCCGGGGAAGUUUUCUUGGACAGUGGCGACGAUCUAAUUAUGGCGGGCGAUGAAGGAGGAUGGAGCUCUAUAAGUUUCAACAGCAGCAUGGUGGGCGGUAAUUUGGUUCUUGAGUCACAGGUUGUGAAUGGGGAAUUUGCUUUGGGGCAGGGGUUGAUCAUUGAUGACGUAACGAUUUUUGGAAUGGAUUUUACGAGUGUAAGAGAGUAUGAAAUGGUUACUGGGCUCAAUGUAGAUGGAAGCUCCGACAUGGGUGUAAAGGUUCAGGAAAACGACGAUGGGUUUACCUCUGUUAAAGUGUCGAAACUGUCGCUCCCUAUAGGGAAGAGCUUUAGGAUAGAGCUUACUGAUGCCAAGUCAGCAAAUUAGGCCUGUCUGUUCGUGGGCGAUUGUUCCACUGAUAAAGGCGGGUAGAUUCUUGGAAUAAAUGUUAAAUGGGUUUUAUUUAAAAGCUACACGUGUAUAUAUAUAUAUAGGUUUCCUAAAAGGGUGUGUUUGUUUGAUGAA